AAGUCCAUAUCCACUCCUGUCCCUGUGAAGAGUGAAGAUGAUGAAGAGAAACCUCAGUCCUCACAGCUUCAUCAAAGACACACUGAAGAGGUGGAAACUGGAGCUGAUGGAGAGGACUGUGGAGGAGCAGAACCAGCCAGGAACUCAGAUCCAGAUACACAUUUACAACCAGAGACUGAUGCCAAGACUGGAGAGUCUUCUGAACCUGAGACUGAUGACAGUGAUGAUUGGACAGAGACCAGAGAACCUCAGUCAGGUUUACACUCUCUUAAAAAUGAUGAAGUCCCCGUUAGAGGUUUGAAUGGUGGUAAAAAAAACCUAUAUAUUUGCUCUGAGUGUGGGAAAAAAACUGGUCACAAGGGAGAUCUGACGAAACACAUGAGAUCGCAUACUGGAGAGAAACCAUAUAGCUGCUCUGAGUGUGGGAAAAGAUUCAGUCGAACUGGACAUCUGAAGAAACACAUGAGAACUCACACAGGAGAGAAACCAUUUAGCUGCUCUGAGUGUGGGAAAAGAUUUUCUCAAGUUGAAAAUCUGAGGAAACACAUGAGAACUCACACAGGAGAAAAACCACACAGCUGCGCAGAGUGUGGGAAAAGAUUUGGUCAAAGGGGAGCGUUGAAGAUGCACAUGACAUUGCAUACUGGAAAAAAAACAGUGAGCUGCUCUGAGUGUGGGAAAGGAUUUGACCACAAAGGAAAAUUGAAAAUACACAUGAGAACUCAUACAGGAGAGAAACCUUUCAGCUGUUCAGUUUGUCCGAAAUCAUUUAUGCACGUUAGACGUUUACACAUUCACAUGAAAUCGCAUACCGGAACAAGCUGCUUCAGCUGUUCAGUUUGUCAGAAAUCGUUUAUACUGAAAGGGAACUUGAAAGCACACAUGAGAACUCACACUGGAGAGAAACCAUACAGGUGCAAUGUUUGUAUGAAAUCUUUUGCACAGAGUGGAACUUUACAUAAUCAUAUGAUAAUCCACACAAGAGAGAAACCUUAAAGCUGCAGUGGUUGUGACCAAAGAUUCACUUGGCCUAAGCAACUCAGAAAACAUAAGUUGGUUGUUCAUGAGUCUUCACAGCCUCAUUAGAGUCACACUAAGGGGCACAAGAAGGGAGAUUUUAUUUAACCUGAGACCAAUUACUGAUGAUGAUUUGAAGGAGACCAGAGAAAUUCAAAUACAACAUGCUAACGUUAUUAGCGCCAGCCUAUGGUAUUUUACAUGGUAUACAUUAGCUUAGCGAUGAGCGAAGAUUUCCUCUGCUCAUAUGAAGCCAGGAUAAAUCACACACAAGACUUAAAAUGCUGUUUUAGUGGAGGCUUUAGAUUUUUGCUGAAGGAAAACUUUAUUUGUCACAUGAGCUUUAGUUCAGGGGGAAAAAAUCAGCUGUGUGUGUGUAAUGAAUAUUUCACACAGAUAGUCCUCGCUGUAACACACCUGAGACUCCAUAUAGUGGGGGGACUCUUCAGCUGCUGAGAUCCACCAGGCAGUCACAUGUCAAAGGUCAUAAGUGUGUCUUCAACAGCAGUGAUGAAACUCUGGAGCAACAGAGAGUUGAAACAGUUGUGAACAUGUUUAAAAUGAGAACAUCAGAGUAAGUGUCAGUCUUCUGCUGUGAGCAAACAGCAUUUAGAGUUGAGUAUUGUUUCACUUUCAGAAUUCUAAUCCUGGUUCUUACUGAUGACUUGAAACGAUUCUUUAUAUCUAGUGAGCAAGCAAAAAACCUCAUGCAUUCCCUCAUCAGUUAAGUUUCAUUAACAGUUCUCCCUGUUUCAUUAUGUGUGACCGUACACACACACAGAAUGACAAGACGUUAAGUUGAGAGUUGUUCUUUUGUCCUGAUCCUACCUGGAGUGGAAAUUCUCAUAAUUUGACAUGAGAAGAGUCUCCCAAACACUUUUAAAUUCAGUCAUUCACAGCGUUUACUGAUUUAUUAAACAACUUAUUUUGGUCUUGUGUUGUAAAAUGUUUUGAAGUGAAGAAUAAAUCCCUGCAUGUGACAUCUCAAAUGUGGCUUUGACUUGCAGCUGGAAACAUGUCACCCAUUAAUAGCAAAAAGAAGGGAGAUAUACAUUGUGUAUCACCAGUCAGCCUGUAAAUACAGAGAUAUGAAUUUUUGUCCAUAUCACCCAGCCCUACUCUCUAUAGAAUAGGGAAGCAUCAUAUUGGACUAUGUUCACACUGUAACAAACUGGAAACAGUCAAACAUGUACUAAUAGAUUGCAACAGGUGUGAAGAAGAAAGAAAGGAGUUCAUAAGAGGACUAACUGAAGAGAGGCACAGUGUUACAUUAGAGGAUCUACUUGGAAAGACAUCAAGGAAUAAACAUAAGCUUCUGUUUAAUUAUUUAAGAGUAGCAGGAACAGAGAGAAUUUAGUCUUUUUUAUUUUUUGUUUUUGUUAUGUUUUUUUUGCCAAUCUACUGCUCCACACUCCAGUCCAGUAGGUGGCGGUAACGCACCUGAAAAUUGUUUUGAGAAAUGUUCUGAAGCUUUUGUUUCUAAGCUCA